AUGAUUACUUCAAGAAUGACCGAAAAAGAAGAGGAAAUUCUUUAAUGUGCUAUUCAUAAGGAGCCAAACUUUAUGGUAUCUAGUGACCCAAGACUAAAUAAGAAGUAAAGACUAUUAUGCAGAAUAUGCAUAGACAGUGUAGAAUCAAAUGAGUCUUUUAAAAUAUUUAAAUAAGUUAAAGAAAAAAUUGAAGCAAAUUAAAAUCAAAGAAAAUUAUAUGUUGAGAAUGUUGUAAGAAUCAAUAUCAAUUAUAUUGAAUAAAUUAGGUUGGUUCUAAUUGAAUUAAAAAAUAAAGUUGCUCAAAAUAUAGAAAAAUUAAUGGGGUUUGUAGAUUAAUGGAUUUAAGAAGUGUUGAAAUAUGGAGAAUAAAAUGCCACAUAUAGCUUUUUUGAUGAAUUAGAAAAAUUAAUUAUUUAAAAAAAUAAUGAUUAAUUCAAUCAGGAAUCUCUUAUUGAACAAAUACACAAAUAAAAUUAGUCAAAAAGUUCGAAGAUCAAUACGACGUUAACAUUUUUUAAAUCAUUUUAAGAAACCAAAUAAUGCGAGGAAUUAUUGAAAAGUAUAUAACAUUAAGGAAACUAAAGAUGUGAUGCUAAGAGACAAUAGGAAAUGAAUUAAAUUGCCAUUUAAUAGGAAUAACUAGAAUAAUAAUAAUAGAUGAUAGCUAAAAAAAUUGAACUUAAAUAAAUUGAUAAUUCAAAUUAAUCAAGUGGGUAUUGUUUUGCAAUAGUGUUUGAUAAAACAGGAUCAAUUAUGGUAUCUUGUGAGAGUCCAAAGAUUUAAAUUUGGAACAUUGAAAAAGGAAAAUUAAAAUUAAUUAACACUUAUUCAUAACACCAAGAGACUGUUAGAUGUUUAGUGUAUAGCAAACUCAGAAAUUCAUUUAUUUCUGGUUCUAUAGAUCACACUCUCAUCUGUUGGUAAUAGAUUAAUAAACAUGAGUGGAAGUAUUCAUAGCCAUAUUAAAAUCAUCUUGAAGGAGUUAAUUGUUUAAUGUUAAAUAAAGAGGAGGAUUAAGUUAUUUCAGGAAGUUGUGAUAAAUAUAUAAAUGUUUGGAAAGUAGAUUUCAUGAAGAAUCAGCUGACUUUUCUUUAUACCUUAAAUAACCAUGAAAACAGUGUAGAGUCAUUAUCGUUUAAUUCAAAUGAAACUUAAUUGGUGUCCUGUGGAUUUGAUGAAUUCAUAGUAUGGGAAUAAGGACUCUCAGGAAAAUGGGAAUUUCAAUAUAAAUAAUCAGUUGCUAAUAAAGGGUAUAAAAUACAUUUAAUAAAUGAUUAACUUCUAAUUUGGGUAACUAUGGAUGCAGAUAUUGAUGAUAUUUUAGUAUUUGAAUUAUAGAGAGGGGUUUUUUAAUAAAAUGCUAAUAAAACUAUCAAAUUAACUAAGAAUAAUAAAAGCGAAGAUGAUAUGAAUUUUUCAAUCGUACAUAAUUUAGAAAAAAAUAUAUUGUUGAUAAGACAUAAAUAUCAUAUCUAUUUCUUUAGAUAAUUAAUCGAUGGUACUCUUAAAGUUUAUAAAUAAUUGAAUUGUUAAGUAAAAUAAGUUUUUGGAAGCAUGACCAAUAAUGGAGAGUAUUUAGUAUUUUGGGAUCGGAAGAAAGAAAAGUAUUAGACUUAUGAAAUUUUAAAUAUAUGA